UCAAGAUACUGUACUUGUUGUUCAAGUGUAAGAAAAUUGAGCUAUUCAGUAACCAGGUGGAACAGGUGAUGCUGGACAAAAGUGACUUAUUUAUAAUGGUGGAACAGCUGUGCCUUUGUUUAAAGGGCUUGAAGUUUAAAACAAAGGAACGGGGACUUGUUUUUCAAAACUUGCCCUGGUGGAAAGAAAUGAACACACCUGUGUCAGUCGACAAGCAUGUUAUUCAGCUUUAAUUCCAUAGUAUUUUUAGGGGGUUCAAGAGAUCCCUCUUGAAAAUCAUUUGUUUUAAGGAGAUCAUUAAAAAAAAGAAUAAUCUAAUUUUACUUUUUCCCUCCUUGUCUGAAAGGUUUUUUUGUAGUAGCAUCAAAGGGGUAAGAUGCCUCGCUGUAGAAGGAAGCUGUUUUGGGUGAUCGUCCCUUUCCUUGUCCUUCUGUUCUUUGAAACGUACCCCAGGAGGAGGCCAUCUACCACCCCACCACAAACUAAGCGGUCCUCAGGCCCUUGCAGUGGUGACCUUGUCAACGAUACCAUCACCGCAUUAAAAUAUAACAAAACCUUCAUCGUUUCAUUGUACCAUGAUGGCAGGCAACAAAACCUCACGCGGGCAAUUGCAGUGGUGCAUUACAAGAAAGUCCAAGAUCUUUAUUGCUGGUUUUGUUGCAGUCGUGACAACCGCAUUUCUAUAAUUCGCGCAGCAGUAGACAUCCAUCCAGAGCGGUUCGGGCUCCCCAUUGGUGCAGCAGACAUUGUGUGUGUGGAACCCCAAAGUUGCUCUCCACGAUAUGUGUCCAUUCAUCCAUCCACUAAAGGAUCCAUGGAAGAUCUCCCAUGGUUUGAAAUAAAAAACCGGGUUCCCCAGAAUUCAUUUUUUGCUGAAUUCACUCUUUGCCUGUCUGUCAUGUAUGAGAAUCACACCAAUGUCUUGCAGUUCAUACAAAGCAUGGAAAUGUAUAAAAUCCUCGGUGCCCAGAAAGUGUGCAUUUACAAAACGAGCUGCAGCUUACUGAUGGACCAGAUCUUAAACUAUUAUGUUGAAGAAGGCACAGUUGAGAUUAUACCUUGGCCAAUUACUUCCUACGUGAACUUGUCUUCUUUCUGGUAUUCCUACAAGGACUGGGACUAUGGAAAAACUAUAGUUCUAAAUGAUUGCAUCUACCGUAACAUGUACAGAAGCAAAUAUGUGGUUUUUAAUGAUAUCAGUGAAAUUAUCCUUCCCCUAAAACACCUAAACUGGAAAAAUAUGAUACAUAGCCUUGAGGACCAAAAUCCAGGAGCAGGGAUCUUCUUUUUUGAGAGUCAUUUUUUUUCUCAGAAUGUAUUUUUGUCUUCGGACAAAUUCAGCUUUUCCCUCUGGAAGAGCAUCCCUGGAGUUAACAUAUUGCAACACGUUUAUCGAGAGCCCAAUAAACUGCAUAUCAAUGUUUUGAAGAAAAUGAUUGUCAACCCAAGGAAAGUGGUUCAGGCAUCAAGCCACUCCAUUCUCAAGGGAUAUAGUAGAACACUUGAAGUUUCCAGAGACAUUGCAAUUCUUUACAAUUGUAGGAAACACCAUGAAAACGAUGUUGGUGAAAAAUACCUCAUUAGGGACACAGCAAUCUGGAGGUUCAACAUGUCGUUGAUUGGCAAUGUUAAUAAAGUUCUUGACAAGAUUUCCAAGUCCAGUCAGAGCACAUUCUUGAAGAUCAUUGCAAAAAUAUUUUAAAAUGUAUGGUUUUUCACUUGUACAAAAUUGCUUAACAAGCAAGUGCUUUUCUUCUUGUUGGUUCAAACAGCCUGUGUAUUUCAUUAAAGAUUUUAGAGAAAAUAAGAGGGGUUAAAUGUAAAAUUGUUCCUUUUGCAACCUAGUUUUGUCAGAAAACAGAGUUGCUCUUCAUACUGUUCAAUAAAAUAGGAUUAAUUCAGAAAGAUAGUUUGUCUUUUGUCAGUAAUGGGCACUGA